CGCAAGACAGGCGUGACGUCAUUUACAUCCACACGAGGUUUGGCCAUCUGGAUUUUGUACGAAAUAUUGAAGUGAUUAUUAGACAAUUAAACGGACCUCUAGCCGACAUGGCUAACACGAACAAUUUCAAUAACACUCCAGAUUCCUGGGAUCAGAACGAUUCAGGGGGAUUCGGUGAUCCAAUUGAUGUUAAUCAGUUAUCAAAACCUAUGUCUGAACUCAACGUCGAAGCUCCUUCUUUCGUUCCGGGACUGAACUACAACGCCAAAGAAUUUGUCCCCUCGUUUGCUACGACUUCGUCAGAUACAAGCCAAAACACUGCUGACAGUGCACCAACACAUGAAUCUAUGGAGGUUGAAGAAAACACAUCUGUAACUCCCCCUGAUGAUUGGGAGACCUCUAAAGAUGCUAGCACCUGUUCUACUCCCUCAGAAGAAUCUGACAAAGGGGGCGGAGCUACAGUCAAAGCCGCAGCAGAAAGAGUUAAAAGAUACUCAGAAACUGAAGUAAAGAAAGACCAUGUCAAUGUUGUUUUCAUAGGCCAUGUAGAUGCUGGGAAAUCAACAAUUGGAGGUCACAUUAUGUAUCUCACUGGAAUGGUUGAUAAAAGGACACUAGAAAAAUAUGAACGAGAAGCAAAGGAGAAAAACAGAGAAACCUGGUAUUUGUCUUGGGCACUUGACACAAACACAGAAGAGAGAGACAAAGGAAAAACUGUUGAGGUUGGCAGAGCAUACUUUGAAACAGAAACUAAACAUUUUACUAUAUUAGAUGCACCUGGUCAUCGGAGCUUUGUGCCUAACAUGAUUGGUGGAGCAUCGCAAGCUGAUCUUGCAGUGCUGGUGAUCUCAGCGCGUAAGGGAGAGUUUGAGACAGGUUUUGAAAGAGGGGGUCAAACUAGAGAACAUGCUAUGUUAGUCAAAACUGCAGGUGUAAAAAAGUUGGUUGUAGCUAUAAAUAAAAUGGAUGAUCCAACUGUCAAUUGGGAUGAAACGAGAUACACAGAGUGUAAAGAUAAACUGAUCCCAUAUUUAAAAAAGUGUGGGUUCAACCCUAAAACAGAUAUUCACUUCCUGCCAGUAUCAGGGAUCACAGGUGCCUUCCUCAAGGAGCCCGAUCCUCAAUGCAAGUUUUAUGAUGGUCCACCCUUGUUGACAUAUCUAAAUGAUCUGCCUCUAUUGAAUCGCAAUAGUGAGGGCCCACUACGGCUUCCCAUUGUAGAUAGAUAUAAGGAUAUGGGAACAAUUAUUCAAGGAAAGGUAGAAUCUGGAACAGUUAAGAAGAUGAGUUAUUUACUAAUGCCAAAUAGGAUGACUGUUGAAGUAAUGCAACUAUGGUCUGAUGAAAUAGAGACAGAUGUGGCUGAAAGUGGGGCUAACGUCAAAGUGAAACUCAAAGGUGUGGAAGAAGAGGAUGUCUCCCCAGGCUUUGUACUAUGCUCACCUGAGAACGUUUGCAAUACUAGCAGAGUUUUUGAUGCUCAGAUUGUGAUACUAGAAUAUAAGAAUAUUAUAUGUGCAGGGUACAGUGCUAUACUUCACAUACAUACUUGUGCUGAGGAAGUUACCAUAAAGUCAUUGCUUUGUACAAUAGAUAAGAAAACAGGAAAAAAGUCACCAAAUAGACCUCGCUUUGUAAAACAAGACCAAAUAGCUAUAGCCAGAUUUGAGGUUCAUGGGGGAAUGAUAUGUAUGGAGACAUUCAAAGACUUUCCACAAAUGGGCAGAUUUACCUUACGAGACGAAGGAAAAUCUAUAGCUAUAGGAAAGGUGUUGAAAAUCAGGGAAUAAGCUCCAACUAAAGAUGCUUCUUACUAUUCCAACAUUUGGGCCAUGUCUUGGAUUCUGUCUUAGGCUUAAGAUGUCACCGUUGUCUUCUCCCGCUUUUCUCUCUCGGACAGUUGAUUGAAGUCUGAUGCAUAACCCGUUGGAACAGUGCCAAGAUUUAUUUUUCAUGCACAAACUAUGAGUCAGAUAAUAGGUCAUGUUACUUGAUAUAUGUCCAAUACUUAAUUAUGCUGGACUUUUUCAUGGAAACAAACGCAUGUGCCAUCUAUAAUGAGGUUGAAUGCUCAAACUGAUAAAAGAGACUCCACCUGAACACUAUAAAUAGGAGGUGGAAAUGAUGCUAAAUGUGGAUGUAACCUUAUUACGAGAAAUCUGUUCACUGUUAUAUUGGUUCACUUUGAACUUUGUACCAUGCAACAGGCGGGAUGUCCAUACCAUAGUGGCUUAAAUGAUAAGAGCAGAAAUGUAUGAAACCUCAUAAACUUCCAACAUAUUGUGUGCAAUUUUCCUUUAUGAAAACGUUAAUCACAGAAUCUACACUUUAUAUUAUGGAGUGGAAAGCUGCCAAGUAUUGUUAUUCUCAUUAAAGAUAUUAAAAGUGUAUCCAACUGUUAAGGGACUUCACAGGAAAGAUCUUUGAAAAAGCUGGUACCUUUUACCAGAUCAAAAAAUAAAUGUUAAAUUUGUCUAACAAAUAAAGGAAUCGGGGAUAGAAGGAAUAUAAAGAGCUAUUUAAGAUUGAAUGUCAAUGACUUUGAUAUCUCGGGCUUCCUGUUUUCAAGGAACUAUUUUCUGCUCAUUUGGUAACAAUCAAUACAAAACAUCUGACUUAGUAUAUUUAUAUCUGUUUUCCCCUAUUUUAUGUUACAAUUAUUCAUGUAUUUAUUUAUCAUCUGACUAGAAAGCUUAAUCCACACCAGCAUAGAAUCUGGAAAUCACGCAAAAUCUGAGUUGUAAUAUUUUUUAACUCUUCCUUUUUAUUUUGUAAAAAAAUGCUGGGCCUCACUUUUAAACCAAUGAUAUUUUGGAAGCUGUUAAUAAUCUCUAGAACUUUAUUCAAAAUAUGAAUAAGGCAGUAAAUAAAAUGUUCAAAUGAAAUUGAGUUUAGAUCGUGUAUAUACAUUAAAGAUCUUCAUUGAAAUGUAGGGGUUAUUUAAUUUAUUCAUUUUGAGACAUUUAACUGUUGGCUAAGUUUUGUAGCCCUGUAUUUGUAUGGAGGAUUAUUGAACGUUUGAAGAUGGAGUAGAUUUGCAUCUUGUUAAAAUUUCCUCAGUUUAGUCUGGUAAAUGGUAUGUGCACUAUGUGUACAUUACAAUGUACUAUAUGUAUUAUAUGUAUGCUUAUAAAUGAGAAUGAAAUUGCAUUGAUGUCAGUAUGACAAGAAAUGUAAAGUAUUUAAAUAUUCUUUGGUCAUUGGGCAAAAAGUCCUGACAGUAUUUUAAAGUCAUUGGAAGGAAAAAAUUAAGAAUUUUUUUGAGAACUGAGUUUUUAAUAAAGAAAAUAUUUGUAAAAACAGUGAAAUAUUUUCUUAUGUUGAUUUCUAAAAUGUGAUAUUGGGGUCCAUAUUGUGAGUGUUGUAUGUUGAUGAAUUUAGACUGAUAAAGUAAA